GACAAUCUUUUUGCCUUUUCUUUUGUUUUCCAUCUCAUUCGACCUUUGUUGCCCUCCUCCUUUGCACCUUGUCUUGCUUGCAAAAUUUAGCUACCUAAAUGCCUCCUUUCUCAAGUUUUCUGAUAUUCCUAGCCUUCUCUCUUUCCGUCUCUCUACGAUCCAAGAAAGCUUUGAUUCUUCAAGUUUUAUUUUAUAUAAACAUAUAUAAAGAAUGAUACUUAAACUCUUCUUCUUUAUAUUAACACCAUUGGUUCUUCUCUUGCCUUCUCCAUCAUUGUUCUUGACAUUCAAGAAACUUCAAAACUGCAUUUCACAGAGCAGCUCUGAGACAUGGGUUCUGAAUCGGUUGUUCAGUUUUCUGCUUUCUUCCUCUUCUUCUAUCUUUUCUUCAGUUCAGGUUCAAUUGUUGCAGAAACACUUCCUUUGGAAGCAAUCCAGGAUGACAGAAUAGCAGACAACCAAGAAAACCAGAUACCUUUCUCAUCUCCAGUUUCCACCACCCAACUAGACACAGUUCCUACAGUUAACCCAACAACCACACCUAUUGUAAAUCCAAUAGAUUCCCCUCCAGCACCAGUUGCAAUUGAUUCGCCUCCAGCACCAGUUGCAAUUGAUUCGCCUCCAGCACCAGCUGCAGUCACUACAACACCGCCGAUGCCACCAUCCACCACAACUCCAAGCUCAUCAGGAGGUCAAUGGUGUAUUGCAAGCCCAACAGCUUCAGAAACUGCUUUACAGGUAGCUCUUGACUAUGCUUGUGGCUAUGGCGGGGCAGACUGUGCAGCAAUUCAAUCAGGUGGAAGUUGUUAUAACCCAAAUACCGUCCGCGACCAUGCUUCGUACGCCUUCAAUAGUUAUUACCAGAAGAAUCCAAUUCCUACCAGUUGUGUUUUUGGCGGAACAGCACAACUUACCAGCACUGACCCAAGUAAUGGAAACUGUCACUUUGCAGCAUCCUCAUCAACACCCAGCAUAAGUUCACCAGUCAACCCAACACCAACACCAACCAUUCCAACUCCUACAAUCACCACUCCAACUACGAUGACUCCACCAAUGACAACCACACCUGGUGGACCAACAAUUUUUGGCGUGGCAGAACCCACAGGCCUGCCCAGCUCAGCCACCUCCAUUUCAUGCAGUUUACUUCUCCUCUAUUCGAUGACAGCUAUUGUUGGAUCACUUCUUGCUGCAAAUCAUCUCUAGGCAUAUGGAAUUAAGUUUACAGCUCUUUUAAACGAGAUGGAAGUUGCCUUGCUUUCAUACCAAAUUUUCAAUUUUUAAGCAGGCAGGGAGAUUCAACACCCACAUAUUCUCUCAAAGCCUCAUUGUCACCGUACAAUCUAUCUGCUAUACUGCUGCUAUGUCAGCAUAUUAGUCGAUUAAGAAGUCCAAAGAAAAGGGUAUAGAACGUCUUAGGUUCUUGUACUUGUAGGAAAGUUAGAUUAGUUACUCUUUCUUGAGUUUUAUUAGCAUAAUAAAAUAUUAGAUAAGCUUCUAUGCUUUAGAGCUACUCAAACAGAUAAGAAGAAUGUACCCAUUAUUAGCUAGCAAGUGAAUUUAAUUUUAUGAAUGGGAAGAGCAAGAGCAACAACUACUUUCAUAAAA